CUCUUCUUUUCCCCCCACCCUUCCUUAAACACCACUGCUAUUUUACAGCAAUAGAAAUCCUUUUGGAGUCUGUAGCUGACUCGGAGCUACAGACCUUUACUACUGCCAGAAGAAGAAAAGGGGAGAGAGAGAGCUGUAUAGGUUAUUUUCCAGAAACACAAGCAGUAUCUUGCAGAAAAGAUGAAAUUUAUUGGCUUGUUUUUCUUCUGUAUGCUGAUGAACAUGCUAACAGAUGCCCGAUCAAUCCAGGAUGGAGAUGAUCUCCACCAGGAAUCGGUAGCUUUGCCGUACUGGCCCUUCUCAUCCAAUGACUUCUGGUCCUAUGUGGAAUAUUUCCGGACCCUGGGAGCCUACAACAGGAUUGAUGAAAUGGCCAGAGCCUUCUUUGCCCAGUUCCCCUUUGGUAGCCACCUUGGCUACCACGUACCUGACCAUGAGCGCUAAAUGCUUCCCUCAUUUUUCUGGAGCUGGGGCCGAGCUGUUUAGGUGAAUCCAUGGCUGCCAGCCAGCGGCCCUCAGCAGCCCCUCAGCCCUAUUAAUACUCCUAGCAGUCACACGUAGCACACUUCAUGCUUUUUAAGGCUUUAAAUGCUACUUAAAUUAGCCUUUUUGGCAGUUUAUGCUUUUGCACAAAAUCAAUAAACUCCUUGAUUCUGUU